CCUUGGCCAGCGCACCUUCCCACACAGCACUGAUUCCAAAGCACCCAUGGCGCCGUGGGACUUUCUGUUCGAGGAGAAGACCUACAAGGUUGGCAAGAAUGGCGUGUCCCCGAUCCAGAACAUGGCCGCGUACCUCGGCGGCUCCGCCAUCCAGACCGUGGGCGACAACCCGGUGACGGCGUACCGGCAGCUGGUGCAGCAGUACGCGAAGAACCUCGCGGGCGAGACCGUCGCCCCCGCCGUCGCCACGGCCGAGGCCAACGCCGUCUUCAUCGCCGCGCCGUUCACUGCGUCAAUGUCUGGGCUGUGGCCGCGCCUGAUCGGAGUCCUCUUCAAGCGGAUCCCGAAGUUCGGCGUGCUGCUGGGGUACACGUACCUGAGCGGGAACGACGAGCCGGGCUACGCCGCUGCCACCGCCGCCUCCAUCCUCUCCGCCCCCUUCAUCAACCCUGUCCGCAUGGUGGAGAAGCAACAGCGUGCCUUCCUCAAGCAGACGGGCACCGAGAAGCCGAUCAUGGAGAUCCUCGGCGAGGCGUCCUCGAAGUAUUUCGCGCCCCUCUUCCGGGGGACGGUCCCGCUGAUGGGCCACUCGCUCGCGUCGGCGGUGCUCGGCCUCGUCGGCCAGCCCAAGCUGCAAAAGUACGUGCAGCAGCAGAUCGGCCAGACGGGACAGCUGUCCGGCUCCGCGACCAACCUCGUCGCGUCGGCCGUCGUCUCACCCAUCUACGUGGUCGUCACCAACCCGCUCUCCCGCCUCGAGGUCAUCAUGCAGACCAACUCGAUCAAGGGCAAGUCCAUCGGCCCCUUCGAGGCUGUGCGCGAGCUCGGUGCCGACAUGGCCAAGUUUGGCCUCAGCGGCAUCUUCCGCGGCCAGGGCAUCGGCAUCUUCAAGGCCAUCAUAUCGCUGACGCUCUUCCACGAGGGCCGCCUCUUCCUCACGCGCCAGUUCAAGGCGUACAACGUCCGCACGGGAAAGAUCCCGGCCACCGCCACCGCCUGAGCUGCGCACCGCGGAGCAUGCCACGCGGCCCUUGAGGGCUGGGUAAGGCAUGCCAUGUCACAUGCACAUGAUCGGUCGUCUCUUCUGUGAUGGUGGGUGGGCCUAUAGUGGGCGGGAGUCUGUUGGGCAGGGCAGGGCGGGGGGUAGGGGCGGGGGCUGUCCGUGACACGACGCCGCGCCGUAAUUUAUCGGGCGGGCGGGCGGGCUGCGUGCAGUGCGUCGCGGACUGAGGUGGCGCUGCAAGCGUCUGUGUACCGUGGACCAAAUAGUCGGGGACGGUGGCGACGCCCCGAUCUUUGUUUGCGGGCCGUGUACUUCUACUUCAAACUAACGUGAAAACUCGUCUCGUCUGCAAAAAA